ACCGGCCCUGCUAGCUAGCAGGAAGGUGUAGCUCAAGCUCACUGCUGGUUGUACUUUGACACCAGCUGAAGUGAGGUUUUGUCACUUCGGACUCUUCGUCUGUCUGGUUCAUUUUCAGCCCGCUGUCACAGCCGUCAUGUCGCACGAGAAUCUGACUGUGGUGCUGCACGCGAAGGGAGACCUGCGGCUGGAAAACCGUCCCGUCCCUGAGCCAGGACCCGAUGAGGUUUUGCUCCAGAUGCACUCUGUUGGAAUCUGUGGCUCAGACGUUCACUACUGGCAGCAUGGCCGAAUCGGGGACUUUGUGCUCACAAAGCCAAUGGUUUUGGGGCACGAGGCGUCAGGACGGGUGGUGAAGGUCGGGUCUGCAGUCCAGCACCUUAAAGUAGGUGACAGAGUGGCCAUUGAGCCUGGCGUGCCCCGCCAUGUGGACGAGCAGGUAAAAAACGGCCGGUAUAACCUGUCUCCCACCAUCUUCUUCUGUGCCACGCCCCCCGAUGAUGGAAACCUCAGCCAGUACUACAAGCACAGUGCCAACUUCUGUUACAAGUUGCCUGACAAUGUGACCUACGAAGAGGGAGCUCUGAUUGAACCUCUGUCUGUGGGGAUCCACGCCUGUCGCAGAGGUGGUGUGACCCUCGGCAGCACAGUGCUCAUCUGUGGUGCAGGACCUAUCGGGUUGGUCUGUUUGCUUGUGGCCAAAGCGAUGGGAGCCUCAAAGGUCGUCAUCACAGAUCUGUUCCCGGAGCGUCUGACAAUGGCUAAAGAGUUGGGCGCAGACUUCCAGCUGACGGUGAAGAAAGAAGACGGAGCCCAGCAGCUGGCUAAGAGCGUAGACGACCUGCUGGGCGCUCAGCCUCACAUUACUAUUGAGUGCACUGGUGCUGAGAGCUGCAUUCAAACUGCCAUCUAUGCGACACGUUCGGGAGGGGUGGUCGUGCUGGUGGGCCUUGGCUCUGAGAUGGCCACUGUUCCUCUGAUCAAUGCUGCUGUAAGAGAAGUGGACAUCAGAGGAGUUUUCCGCUACUGCAACACCUGGCCGAUGGCCAUAGCCAUGCUGGCGUCUGGCAAAGUGAAUGUGAAGCCCCUCGUGACGCAUCGGUUCCCUCUGCAGCAGGCGAUCGCGGCCUUUGAGACCACGCGUCAGGGUCUGGGGAUCAAGGUCAUGUUAAAGUGUGACCAGAAUGACCAGGAUCCUUGAUCCCCUGGAGUGAAGCAAACCUCACCGACUGCGAGUGACUCAGCAUGACGGACAGACACACACUGGACAUUGACCCAGAGGAAGAUAACGGCUAGUUCAAAGAGACUACUUAAACUACUUACUGCUGUACUGCCUGCAGGUCAGAGAUGUUGUUGCAUCAAACGGUAUGAGUUAUAAUUCUAUGGUGCUUAUUUAAAAAAAAAAAGCAUUUUAAUUCUUUUAUGAUUUUAUAUAAUUUACAAAUGUGCUGCUCUUUAAAUUUCUGAUAGACUGCUUACAGCCACUGUAGUGAAAAAAAAAACCUUAAUAAAAUUAAUUUAACAAAUUGUUUGUUUCUCACAAAACUUGCACUACCUAAAUAUAGCCAUUAGGGGGAACUAGAGAUUUAAAGUGAAAACAUUGCAGUGUUUUUGUCCCAAUAGUACAUAAUUGGUAUUAUAUACAAACAAGUUUAGACAGGUUUUUUGUGUAAGUGCAUGAUUUUAAAGUGAAUGCUGAUUGCACAAUAUAAUGGCUAUAGACUAAUGUCACCAUUGGCAUUUAGAUGGGUUCCAUAUAAACAUUGUAUUUGCUGUACUGCUGUGUUCUCCACCAGGCACAAAGUCUUCCAGGAAAAUGAAGAGCGUCUGGAGAUCCAGUCACUGGUACCUGCUCUCAUGUAUACAUUAUAAAGAGUAAAUGAACGAAUAAAGUCAUGUUUCAUCCUGUGUUA